CCCCCCAGGGCAAAGCAUUUACAAGGGCUGCAGAGUCGCCGACUGGCGGACAAGCUCUGUGUCCUGACGUGGCAACACCACCUACGGGCCUACAAUAAGAUGGCUGAUACAUUAGCAAACAUGGCAAUGGACUCUCGCAGGAGCGUUCAGAUGAACAUAACCUGA